CCUUUUCACACGCCAUUUUGGAUAGUAUAGGUACUGGACCGGGUCGUAUUGUUUAAGUGGAUGGCGGAUUACGCUAAUUGCUGUCAAUUACAUCGUCAUCCCGCGUCUUGUGGACUGUGCAUCAUCGCAAACGCAAUACGCGCUCGGCGGUUCACGCUCCUUCUCCUUCCAGGACCCCCGUAGACCCGCACAGACACUGCUAGAUGAGUUGCAGCAGCUCAUUCCCGGCAGACAGACAGCUCUGGGUCGGCCCGUGACAGGAGUCGAGCUCCCUCUUUCGGCGUGGUGUGUCCGCCCGGGAAGCGGAGGACGAGGCGCUCGGUUCGGGGGGCGGGAAAGUGACAUUACGGGCUGCAGCUAGCGGGAACCCGGGCCAGGUGGCAGAAUGUUUCAACUCCCAGUGAAUAACCUCAGCAGUCUAAGGAAAGCUAGGAAGAAUGUGAAAAAAGUGCUGGGUGACAUUGGCUUAGAGUUUUGCAAGGAGCACAUUGAUGACUAUAAGGACUUUGUUCCCAAUGAGUUCUACAUUAAGAACACCACAUGGGACGAUGUGUGCAUGUGGGAUCCCUCAAUGACCAAAUCACAAGACUACCGCUCAAAGCCGUUCUGUUGUUCAGGAUGUACAUUCUCCUCAAAGUUUUUCUCCGCCUACAAGAGUCACUUUCGUAAUGUGCACAGCGAGGACUUUGAAAACCGCAUUCUCCUUAACUGCCCCUAUUGCACUUACAAUGGGAACAAAAAGACUUUGGAGACACACAUCAGACUGUUUCAUAUGCCCAACAAUGUCAUGCGCCAGAAUGCUGGAGGACUUCAAGGAGCAGGGGUUGGCUUGAAGGAUGGUGUUCGCUUGGAUAAGACACGUGAUAAUAUAGAGCAAGCAGUGUACUACUGCAAGAAAUGCACUUACAGGGACCCGCUUUAUAAUGUAGUGCGAAAGCAUAUCUACCGGGAACAUUUCCAGCACGUAGCGGCACCAUACUUAGUAAGGCCUGGUGAGAAGACAACACCAGCCAAUGGAACAACAGCAGGCUCUGGUACAGGGAGCAAUGCCGAUUCUGGUGGAACCAACAGUACGAGCACAGCCAUCCACUGCAAACGUUGCCUCUUUGUACCUCGUACCUAUGAAGCACUUGUCCAGCAUGUGAUUGAGGACCAUGAGCGCAUUGGUUAUCAAGUUACUGCUAUGAUUGGACACACCAAUGUGGUGGUACCUCGGGCAAAGCCUGUGAUUAUGGUGUCCCCUAAAGCUCAGGGCGAUAAGGGCAUCAUUGGUGUAAUGCCAAAGGGUACGGUACUGACUGGAGUGCGGCCUUUAUCAACUCAGCAGCUGAGUCGUAUUGUUAUUCCUAAAGGGAGUUUAAACUCAAGUGCGCUCCUGUCAGGUGUUCAUCUGAAGCAGGGGGCAUUUGGUCUGAAGCCAGGGACUACACAAUCCUUGACCAUUGGAGGACAACAGGUGCAGCUUUCAAUCCCGCAACAGUCUCAAACAAGCAAACCGCAGCUUUCUGCUAGUCUUCGUAGUUCGGUUUCUGGAUCAUCAUCCACUUCCAUACUAAAGAUCCCUCAACUCAACUCUCGAGUUCAGGCAGCAGCUACUACGGUGUCUUCUGUUACUUCCAAGAAGGGCAAUUCUGUCAUUGGCACGUCGUACACUCAAAAAUGGAAGAUCUGCACCAUCUGCAAUGAACUCUUUCCAGAAAAUGUAUACAGUUCGCAUUUUGAAAAGGAGCACAAAGCGGAGAAGGUGCCGGCGGUGGCCAACUACAUCAUGAAAAUUCAUAACUUCACUAGUAAAUGCUUAUACUGCAACCGUUACCUACCUAGCGACACGCUUCUUAACCACAUGUUGAUACAUGGCUUAUCUUGCCCACACUGCAGGGCCACGUUCAACGAUGUGGAAAAAAUGGUUACCCAUAUGCGAGGGGUGCAUCCCAAUGAAUCUGUUGGGCCACGGACAGACUCCCCACUUACAUUUGACCUCACGCUUCAGCAGGGAAAUCCCAAGAAUGUCCAGCUGAUCGUCACCACGUAUAACAUGCGGGAUGCCCCAGAAGAAUCGGUGGCAUUCCACGCCCAAAACAACGCAUUACCACCAUCAUUGCAGGGGAACAAACCCAUCAUUCAACCAGUCCCAAAGAUACCCUCGGAUGCCUCAGACGCCCUACCGGCUAAGGCUACACCGCAAGCGGCUGUACCUUAUAAGAAGGAUGUAGGCAAAACACUUUGUCCUCUCUGCUUUUCAAUUCUUAAGGGUCCUAUCUCAGAUUCCCUAGCUCACCAUUUGCGUGACCGCCAUCAAGUUAUACAAACAGUUCAUCCUGUAGAGAAGAAGUUGACCUACAAAUGCAUCCAUUGCCUUGGCGUCUACACUAGUAACAUGACGGCUUCCACGAUCACUUUGCAUCUAGUGCACUGCCGCGGUGUCAGCAAAACUCAGAAUGGCCGACCUGCUCCCUCGGCACGAGUUGCACAGGCCCAGGGGGCUGGUCUCAAACGGGCAGGUUUAGCAAACUUCGACCAAACUGAGCCAAAGAGACGGAAAUCUGCAACCGAUGACCAGACUGGGCAAAGCUCACCCCUUACAACUGACAAACAAGAAGAACCUGUAGUCUUUGCCUUGGACCCAAAGGGUUAUGAAAAUGAGUCCUAUGAGACAAGAAAAGCUUUCCUCACUCAGUACUUCAACAGGCAGCCUUACCCCACUCGUCGAGAGGUGGAGAAGCUUGCGUCCAGUCUCUGGCUUUGGAAAUCUGACAUUGCGAGCCACUUCUCGAAUCGAAGGAGGAGGUGUAUGCUGAACUGUGAAACCUUAAACACUCGGGUCCUGCUGGGAUUUAAAAUGGAAGACGUUACAGAUUUGCAACAUCCCAUGAACUUUGACUCCAAGUGCUAUUUCAAGAACCAUAACCGUGAACAUAAAAGACGAACUACUAGAUUUCGGAUAGGCCGAUCUGCCAAUGCCAUUCGGCAAAAAGCUACAACCAAUGGUGACCUGCAGCAGAAGCAUGGGAUGCUAGCAAGGGUUUCCGCCAAAGCCUCACUCUACUCGAAUGGUCAAAAGGCCAUCUUAGGGAGCAACUGCAAUGACUCAGUGAAGAGCACCUUAAAACCUGGAGCACUUGUCAAUUCUGAACCAAUUGCUGUGGACUCGGACAGCGAUCAUGAGGAGAAUGUGCAGAAUGCACAGUCACUUAAUAGUGAAGAACCAGAGACAAAUGAUAAAGUGGAUGGGAGUGACUCUGAAAUCAGGGAGGACACCCACAGCGAAAACGGUUAUGGGUCAGAAGACUUGUUAAACGAAACAAAACAGCAAAUGGAAGAGUGCCAGUCAGGUAUCACAACAAACAAGCUUGAACAAUCAGAGACUCAGUUAACCAAGCAACAGGUCUGAUUUCUGGACAGGGUUAAUAAAAUGCACAUGUAUACUAUUGCGUUAUGUUUGACGUACACCAACAAUGCUGCCUCAUUGAACUUCUAGACCUUAGUUACAGAAAGUAGCUAUAAGGUUCUGCUUUUCCCUCAACUCCUAAAGCCAUUUGAGAAAGGCAAAAAAGUGAUAUUUUGCAUUUUGAAAUAUGAAGAUGAAUGCGAAUUUUGAUUGUGAAGCUGGGGAUAACUUUUCCUCAAGACAGUGAAAGAAAAAGCUCAACAUUUACCAAACAGUACAUGAUUUGCCUUCAGUUUAUGUUUCUUUAACAUAACUAGAAACAUACUUGUUAUUGUGGCAAAAGGAGUGUUUAUUAGAGCCAACAGGUAUUCUUGAAUUUCAUGUUAUCACAUAGUAUCAGUAGUGUAUAUUUGUACAGUCUUUUAGAUAUGUCUAAGGAGAUGUUUAGGUGUACUCACUGAUGGGGAAAAAAAAAAGAUUUGCUAUACUUUUUGUGCUCACGCUUAAUGGUCAUAUGUUCUACUUUGGUUCACAUGGACAAUGGAUGUGGCUUCGGUGGCUGUUUUUCCUGUUUACUUUUAUUAACAAAAGUAUAGCAUUUUGCUAAAAAUAUAUCAAAGUAUAAAUAAUGCAAAAUAAAAGAACAUAUCUUUUGCUUUUGUUUUGCCUGUUUAUAAUUGAAGCAUCUUUUUUAUAAAUAUGUAUUUACCAUCCUGUAACUUGUUUUGCUUCCAGAGCAGCUUUUCAUACAUCCACAUCUGCCCUAACGUAAGAGUACAUGGCAGUUAAAUUGACCACUGUAGCAUUGUGCUAGUAGAUUAGCCUGUGUUUGGUUCAGCCUUCGCUGACUGUUUUCUUUUUCAACAAUUACACACUCUUUCUCCUCCAGCUGGGCUCCUGUUGUGACCUGGGGUCCAGAAUGAGCAUCUCUAUUCAGUCUAACUUUCUGUAUGUUUAAAUUUGUGACCUCCAGUUUCUGUUGUCUGUUGUUUUUGUUCUGUUUGUCCCCUUUAAUCUAUUUUUCUUUGUCACUGCAAACAUUUCUGAACAAUAAAGUGCUGUAUUGUCCUUCUCACAAUGUUUCUAAU